UCAAUGUGACCGAUGGUAGUAUCUGCAGCAGCAGCAGCAGCAGCAGCAACAGCAAGGUCGACUAGAAAGGAUGAAACGAGAAGGGGAGAAAGAGGUAUCCGACCACUUAUGAGACCGGUAUUCGGGACUUUGGCGUAUGGGGAACUCGGAUCAUGCUACGUUGGAGGUGUGGGGUAAUAGGAUGAUCGGGGAUGGAGAUGGUGCAGUAUUGUUUUGACUCUUUCUGGUUUGUUUUUGACU